AUGCACACCACCAACGCACACCACCAACGCACACCCCCAACGCACAACACCAACGCACACCCCCAACGCACACCACCAAUGCACACCACCAACGCACACCACCAACGCACACCCCCAACGCACAACACCAACGCACACCCCCAACGCACAACACCAACGCACACCCCCAACGCACACCCCCAACGCACACCACCAACGCACACCACCAACGCACACCCCCAACGCACACCCCCAACGCACACCCCCAACGCACACCCCCAACGCACACCACCAACGCACACCCCCAACGCACAACACCAACGCACACCCCCAACGCGCACCCCCAACGCACACCACCAACGCACACCACCAACGCACAACCCCAACGCGCACCCCCAACGCACACCACCAACGCACACCACCAACGCACACCCCCAACGCACACCACCAACGCACACCCCCAAUGCACACCACCAACGCACACCCCCAACGCACAACCCCAACGCACACCAUCAACGCACACCCCCAACGCACACCCCCCAACGCACACCAUCAACGCACACCCCCAACGCACACCCCCAACGCACACCCCCAACGCACACCACCAACGCACACCCCCAACGCACACCUCCAAUGCACACCUCCAAUGCACACCACCAACGCACACCCCCAAUGCACACCACCAACGCACACCCCCAACGCACACCCCCAAUGCACACCACCAACGCACACCCCCAACGCACACCACCAACAGACACCAUUAACACACACAGCACUAACAG